UGUUCAAUCAUAAUUUAGUAAUCACAUUUCGGAGCCAUGAGAAAAACCAAGAAAUUCUAGUCAAAAACACAUUUUAUCAGAAAUGUUUGAAAUUCAUUAUUUUUAAUAGGAGAACAUUUUUCAUAAAUGUCGAUUUAUAAUACAAGAACUGUUUAUUGCCAAUGCGAUGAGGUCGACGAACCAAAAGCUGAUUCAAAGAUAUGCGAUUGUAAAUCAAAGGAAGAUAGUAAGGAAAACGAAACAGGAAAGGGGAAAAUUUGUGAAUGCAAUCCACAGAAAAAAGUCAUUUGUAAAUCGCCGAAAACUGAAGUACAACCAAGUGAAACGUACAUCCCUCCACCAACACCACUGACAUACGCCGCACCACCACCGCCUCCUCCACCAAUUCAGAAGCCACCGGAACAUAAAGAAAUGAAAGAUUGUUGCAGCUGCGAAGCCAGCGCCAAACAAAAAGAAAAAGAAAGAGAAGACCGCGAAAUGGCGGAAAAAGAUAAAAAGGAACGAAUGAAAUAUGAAAAAGAACAAAGACAAAGGAUGCUAAAAGAGCAACACAGACGAGAGAAGAGAGAGAGACAAGAUAGAGAAAGAUUGGCCAAGGAGCAAAGACAGAGAGAAAAAAGAGAAAGGAAAGAAAAGGAGAAACGGGAGAAGGAAUUGAAAAAGGCGCGGAGGUGCACGUAUUAUGCUCUAAACCCGACUUUUAGUAGAAUAGCUUGUGGUCAGUCUCAAGCUUGCAAUCCUUGUGGAUCUAGUUUUCCUCCUUGUGGUUCUCCAACAGUCAUGUCUUGUGUACCUACGAAUCCGUGCCAGAACAUGUCUAGGGCGUGUCUCGCUAGGGAAAUUUUGUCACCCUUUCAAAAGGAAUUAUGUGCAGCAGCUCCGACAGAUGUCUGUAUGAAUCGAGAAGUUCCUUCAAAUUUCCAAAGACAGCCUUGUUUACCACCACCGUAAGUAUAAUUUUUACAU